GUGUGUGUGUUAGUCAGUGCUCUUUAUCAGUGGGUGGCAGCUGGUAGUAACACACACACACACACUCACAUUCUGUGGGGACACAGUUCUCUCUUGAAGACACGCAGCGCUGAAGCCAUCAGUAAUCAUGAGGGGGCUUCUGUUCCUGUGCCUGUUGCCCUUGUUCAGAGGUCAAAGGUCAUUCCAAUGCCCCCACCUUUGCUCCUGCCGUGGCAGUGAGGUGAACUGCAGCAGCAGAUCUCUCACCUCCUCCUCGCUCCCCACCAGUUUUCCUCCUGCAACCACCUCCCUGCGUCUCCACGACAACCGGCUGACCGCCCUGCCCAGCGGGCUCCUGGACGGUCUGACCUCCCUCCGCUCCGUCUCCCUCCAGGGUAACCCCUGGGAGUGCGACUGCGGCGUCCUCUACCUGCGAUCCUGGCUGCUGCGUCAGCCCGCCGGCCUCCAGUCACACCUGGGCGUCAACUGCAGCUCCCCCCCCGGCCUGCGGGGGCGACUGGUGGUGUAUCUGACGGAGCAGGAGGUCCUGGACUCCUGCCACUACUGGUACUGUGACCUGGCUCUGGCCUCGCAGGUGUGCCUGUUUGUGCUGGUGCUGGUGCAGGCGGCUCUACUGGCGGCGCUCAUCGUGUUCCUGAGGAGGUUCGAGAGGCUUUCCAAAGAGGCGAGGAGGACCACGGAGGAGAGCUUCACGGCCGGGGAGAGACAGAGGGAGAACGAGUACUCGCCUUUAAUGGACAGCAGCAUCUGAGGUGCAGCUCUAAUAAAGGGCUCUUUAUCAUUUGCACACCCGAAUCGAAAAGUUCCAACAGGAAACAAGUAGAAUGGUUUGAUAAUUAUUCAAAUAAUUGAGCAGCUAUUGGGGAUUUGAGAUUUGAAGUCUCACCAUUUAUCUUUGUAGAACAGAAAAGGAAAAGAAAGAUUAUAAAUAAUCUCUACGAGACAACGACUGUUUGAUUUUUGAUAAUGAUGCCAUUGCUCUUCUUUGAGAAGAACAUCCUGGGUGUUAUUCAUUGCAUUGAUACUUAGCGGGAUAUUUUACAGUUAACAAAAUGUAGUUCUUGCUGUGAGAUGGAAAACUAAUGACUACAAACAUUACUUUAUUGUUCUUACUAUUGUUUUUGUUUUGUUAGCUAGUGUCAGUUAAGAAUAUUGAAAAUUGGUUGUGAUGUAGUCUUCAGUUUUACUUGGUCACAAGUGUCUCGCUGGUAUUAACAUGAUAUUAAUAAUGAUCAAACGAAGAAAUACUCAUUUUCUGUCAGGUUUGACAACAUAGUCUCUUUCUGCUUAAAAUGUUUUCAAUGGCUCAUGUAGUCCAGCCCAAUAGAUGGAUGUCUAUUCUCGUUCUAAUUGAAUAUUUGAGCGUUCCAAAAUUAUCUUAACUAAAGAAUGAAAGAUAAAUGUCUGUUACUGAAGUACUUCUGCACGCUUUAAUGUCUGGCAAUCCCCUUAUAAUUGCAUUAGAUUUCAAUGUUUAUAUAACAAGGAGUAAUUUGCCAUCUUCUAUCUGAAAUUUGUUAAUAAGUAAAACUGUUUUUUUAUUUCUACAUUUUUGGAACUGUAUUAUAAUAUUCAAGAUAAAAACACAAUAUUAUAA